CAAAAAUCACAACAGAUUAAUAUCACUAAACUAUAUAAAAUAAUAAAUCAGUGCCAAAAUGCUCAAAGUUAUUAUGAUAGUCUAAAGCCAGCGAAGGCGAAGUCGACGAAAAAAGCAUGGGAACUGCUACACUUUCUCAAUGGAACCGGUGUACCAGAUGAAACAUUCUGGGCAACACUUACUGGCAAUUCUAAAAAAUUUUCCGUACCUGGUGGCGCGAAUGGUGAAGAAUGGACAAAGUUUCGCGACAAGUAUCAAAAGAAUCACUUUAAAGAACUCCAGGAUUACCAAAAAUCAAAGCAAAAAGAUGAUAAAUUGAAUUAUUAUCUUGCCAGGCAUCAAGUUUGGUACGGUAAUUGCGGGGGUGAGUUGACCUCCGACAAGAAAUUGAAAAUGAUGGUAGUGAAAACAGUGAGGAAAAGUUUUAAAACUGCAUACAUAUACCGUUAUUCAGGCAGAAUUGCAACUGGCUCAUGCGUAUUCGGAGUGGAUGACUUAAACAACAUCUUGAGGCAACCACAUCUCAUUGUUUAUAAAAUGUACCUCGAUUUCCAACCUGCAGCAUUUUUUUUUGUCUUUUGA